ACCGGAUGUUGACAGUAUGAGCUACGAGACGCAACAUUAGGAACAGCUGAAGAGCGACAACAAAACUACGAACGGGAACCGACACGUACGACAUAUGUCCGUUUAAAACGCAACUAAAUCUACGCUUAUAUCGUCUCGAAGAGGACUUUUGGACCUUGCGAGCACGCCGGUUCGCCGGUUAGAAGUCGACAACGGGAUAAAAAGCCAUUUUUGUACGCCGCUGUUGUCCUGCUUCGUUGUCUGUUAGCCUCAAAGCGGCUAGCGAGGAGUUAGCUCCCUACGCCCACAGUGAUUAAACAGUCAGAAUGGGCCGCAUCUUCCUGGACCACAUCGGCGGAACGCGCCUGUUCUCCUGCGCCAACUGUGACACUAUCCUGACCAAUCGCUCCGAGCUCAUCUCCACCCGAUUCACGGGUGCCACCGGCAGAGCCUUCCUCUUCAACAAGGUGGUGAACCUUCAGUACAGCGAGGUUCAGGACCGCGUGAUGCUGACGGGCCGACACAUGGUCCGAGACGUCAGCUGCAAGAACUGCAACAGCAAGCUGGGGUGGAUCUACGAGUUCGCCACCGAGGACAGCCAGCGCUACAAGGAGGGACGAGUCAUCCUAGAGCGGGCGCUGGUCAGGGAGAGCGAGGGCUUCGAGGAGCACGUGCCCUCCGACAACUCCUGAACACGGCGAGCCACGUCGCUUCUUUACCGCCGCCGUGCCCGUUGACUCUGCCAAUCUGUUUAGCAACUUCACAAACAAAACCGUUGGGUAGGAUUUUGACUUCUUUUUGAAAAUGAACACCUCCUUUAGACAACGCCUCUGGUUGCUGCAGCCAUGCGUUCCAUUUGGACUCAGCGGCCAGAUACGAGCAAUCGACCAAUUUACCGAUUGUUCGUCAAUUUCUUUCCCCAUUAUUAUUAUUAUUUUACCGGAAACGGAGAAUCGUUUUUUGAAUGUUCCAAACUCCUGUUUCCACACCGGCUGCGCUCCAUUGGUUGCUUCAAGACACUGUGAAGCGUCGGUUUCAAUCUAUUUAACCAAUUACUUGUUCAUUUUAUUUGAUUAUUAUUAUUAUUACAGCUGGGCAAGUACUGAUACCAGAUAUCAGUGUCGAGCAAAUAGGUCGUUGUUCACAAUUAUCUGUCAUUGUGUUAAUUUAAAUUGUAUGCAUCAGUAGUUGGUAGUGGUAUCGGUGAGUUCUCAAGAAUGAAUACUCGUACUGGUAUCGGUCUGAAAACAAAGUGGUCUUGAACAUAAAGUGAAAAUCACUUUCUGAGUGUUCUGAAUUCCUGUUUUCACAGACAUCUCGAUGGAGGUAGGUGUGUAGCUCGACGUCCCACUCCAUUUUUCUUGGGUUUUUCCAAGUCACGAUUAAUCAAUAGCCCCACACCAAAUUCCAAACGAUCAUUUUUUAUUUCAUUUUUUUUUUACUAGGAAGGAAGAAUAAAUGCCUGUUUCCACACGCGCCUCAGACGUAGCUCCAAGUCCCACAAAACUGAAUCGGUCACGCCAAGGCACGAUUGAUUGACAGUUGACCAAACGAUCACUUGGCUAAUUACUUUUUUUUUUUCUAUUUACCAGAAAAGGAAAAUUGCUUUCUGUAUGUUCUCAAGUCCUGUUACCACACCCACCUCAGACGAGUUAGCGUAGCAUCUCACUCGUUUUUGACCCGCUCGCUUUAAGACACGAUUAAUCGACAAUUCCAAAACAAAUUCUUAAUGCUCAAUAACCAAUCUCUUUUUUUUGUAUUAUUGUUUAUACCGGGAAUGGAGGAUCACACUGAAUAUUCUGAACUCCUGUUUUCACACCCUCCUCGAAAGCGUUAGCGUAGCGCUGACAUCCCGCUAUAUUUGGAAAAAUGCGAUUAAUUCAAUUAAUUUAAUUUAUUAAAAAUUUAAUUAAUGAAUUAAACUCCACACCAAUUUUUUUACAGGGAAGCGGCAAUUGCUCUCUGAAUGUUCUGAACUCCUGUUUUUACACCCGUGUCGUCUCAACGAGCGGAAUAGCGGCGUCGCGCUGACGUAGCUCGAUGUCACUUCAAGACAUGAUUAAUCGACAACUCUGUCGCUACAAGACCCGACUAAUCAAUUCCACACAAUUGUCCGACUUCUCGACGAUCAGUUCAUGGAUUAGUAACAAUUACAUGACAUCCCCCACCUUGAUUCCAGCGGCAACUUUCCUUUUAUUAGCCUGAUAGCCUGCGUCAACAGCGACAAUGAAAAGACCGCCUUUGACGUCACAAAGCUAAAGGUGAUGCUUAGCCUGACACUGGGUUUAAUUACACCGCAUUCUUCUCGCUGCUACGUUGCUAACUGGUCACCGUGGCGCGCGGGCAGACAUGCGAGCCCGUUGGUUAACCAGGCUCUGUGCGCUCGGCAUAACGGAAGACGGUCUUUUGUCGCACUUUUGUCGUUUGAGUUGAGUUGAGCUUGUGCUAAACAUUCGACCGCUAGUAGAGUUUAACAGCUUUUCGGAUCGCCCGUGUCUCAGCCUUGUUGGAGAUCAAGCCCAAUAAGUCCCGUUUUGGAGUCAUUUCAUUGAACUCUUCUUUGUAAUAAAUACAGUGGAAACAUGUAACACAGUAUUUGGGGAUGAUUUUCGAAAAGAAAGGAAACUGUUGACAUUUGUUUAUAUUUUCCACUUGGCUUUUGAAUAGUUCAAUCAUUUUAAUUUGCUCUAUGAUUGAGUUAUUAUUUUACUGAUGUGUGCAUUCUCAUGAUUGUUCAAAAAAAAUACUUGUGCUUUAAACAAAAUAUAUGGCUGUGUUAUA